AUGCAAUGCUAUACGGAGCUGACACCUCCUACAGCUGUUUCACACUCACUAAGCUUGCCAUUUGUAUCUGCCCAGUCGAACAACCUCGUAGUCGCAAAAACCUCCUUACUCCAAAUAUUCUCUACCACUACAGUAUCGAUUCAGAUCGAAGAUGCGAGCGAAGAAGCAAGGCUUGGGAAGCAAAAUGGCAAAAACGACCGCAGAGGGAACGAUGACGAUGGUCUGGAGGCAUCGUUUCUGGGAGUGGAUUCAACUCUGCGAAUGCCCUCGAGAUCGAGUAAAACCAAGCUAGUUCUUGUCGCCGAAUAUACUAUUUCCGGCACAAUCACAUCCCUGGCUAGAGUUAGCCUUCCGUCGACAAAGUCAGGAGGAGAUGCAUUACUUGUUGGCCUCAAAGAUGCGAAAAUCAGUUUGGUGGAAUGGGACCCUAGCCGGCCCGGCAUAACGACGACUUCAAUCCAUUAUUAUGAGCAAAAUGACUACAACGGUAGCCCAUGGACGAUGAGCACCAGCGAGAGUGUCAAUUACCUGACGGCAGAUCCUGGGAAUCGAUGCGCAGCUCUGAAAUUCGGCGCGCGCAAUCUGGCCAUUCUUCCCUUCAACCAAGGCGAUGAAGAUGUGAAUAUGGAUGACUGGGAUGAAGAGCUAGACGGGCCUCGUCCGGAGUUGCAAGCGACUACCAAGUUGACGAAUGGAGACAGCAAAAAGGUCGAAACACCAUAUGGACCAUCAUAUAUCUUGCGACUUCCCAAAUUAGAUCCCAACAUGUGCUAUCCUAUACAUCUUGCAUUUCUCCACGAGUAUCGAGAACCAACAUUUGGAAUCUUGUCAUCUAAUCGUUUACCGGCGGCAUCACUGCUACAUGAGAGGAAAGACCCGUUGUUUUAUAUGGUUUUCACAUUGGAUGUUCAUCAGCGAGCGGUCACUACGAUCUUAUCUAUUGACAAGCUUCCAUUUGAUCUUGAUCGAGUAGUACCUGUCCCAGCUCCAGUUGGAGGAGCUAUUCUCGUUGGUGGCAAUCAGUUGAUACAUAUUGAUCAAGCUGGAAAGGCUAAUGGGGUUGCUGUCAAUCCUUUUGCGAAAUUGUCCACAAAUUUCACUCUCAAAACCCAAGCGGAUCUUGAUUUGCGAUUAGAAGCUUGCCAAAUCGAACAACUUUCUAAGCAUAAUGGGGACAUGCUCAUAAUUCUUCAUACUGGUGAACUUGCAAUUUUGAGUUUCGAAAUGGACGGAAGGUCCGUGUCCGCUAUAAGCAUCCGUCGUGUGGCAAAAGAGUCGGGAGGGAAUCUCCUUCAAAGCGGUGCUUCUUGCGUUACAAGAGUGAGUUCCAAUGCUGUAUUUGUGGGUAGCGAUGGAGCAGAUGCGGUUGUACUAGGAUGGAAUCGAAAAUCAGGACAGAAUUCUCGGCGCAAGCGUAUAGAGGAUAUAGAUGGGGUGGACGAAUCACUGCUUGAUGAUGAAGAUGAAGAUGAUGAAGACCUCGACGAUGAGCUUUAUGGAGGAGCCCCUGCGCUCAGCAAAAGUAUCUCGAAUCCCGCGGAAUCGAGCAAUAGCAAAUCUGGUGAUUACGUAUUCCAGAUACACGACUCUUUGAUCAACAUUGCUCCGAUAAUAGACUCAGUUCUAGGUAGCUCCUCGUCUUACAUGGAGGAUGAACAGAAGGGGAGAUGCGAAGAUGUGAGAAGCGAUCUUCAACUCGUAUUGGCAACAGGUAAAGAUUCAGGUGGUUCAAUUGCCAUCAUACAUAAAAAUAUCCAGCCAAAGGUAAUGGGGAAGUUUGAAUUUGCAGAGGCUCGUGGGCUUUGGACAACCAGUGUGAAACGACCCCAGGUAAAGGGGCUUCCAGUCUCAAAGGAGAAGACUGCAACCAGUGGUGAUUAUGCUCUUGAAGCUCAGUAUGAUCGAUUAAUGAUAGUUUCGAAGACUCUCGAUGAUAGUGAGGAGUCAAGCGUUUACAUUCUGACUGAUACUGGCUUCGAGGAACUCACAACCCCUGAGUAUGAAAAGGAGGGUGCCACGAUUGAAGUUGGAAACCUUGGGAAUGGAAUGCGCCUCAUCCAAGUGGUAAAAACGCAAGUUCGCGCAUAUGAUGGCGAUCUCGGAUUGGCACAAAUACUUGAAAUGGAGGACGAGAACACUGGUGCUGAGCCCAAUAUCAUCAGCGCCAGUUUUGCCGAUCCGUACAUAUUAUUGGUCAGAGACGACUCAAGCAUAUUUGUGGUCGUCUGUGAUAACAGCUAUGAUUUAGAGGAACUGGAGCGAGUUGAUGAUGUUCUCCUCUCGACAAAAUGGCUCACUGGAUGCCUCUAUACCGACACUACUGGCGCAUUUGCCAAUAUUCAGUCGGAUAAAGGGCAAAAAGAUGGCGAGAAUAUUAUGAUGUUCUUGCUAAGCGCAGGUGGAGCUCUCUACAUUUACGCCUUGCCUGAUUUAUCCAAAGCUCUUUAUGUAGCUGAAGGACUUUGCUUUGUACCUCCGGUGCUCUCUGCUGACUAUGCGGCAAGGAGGUCUGCUGCGCGAGAAACCCUGAUAGAAAUAAUAGUAGCAGAUCUCGGCGAUUCAGUAUCUAAAUCACCAUAUCUUAUUCUUCGUCCCUCUAGCGAUGACCUAACAAUCUAUGAGCCAUUUAGAGUGACCUCCGACUCGACACCCAAUACACUUUCGUCAAGUCUUCAUUUCCUCAAAAUUCACAACCCACACCUGGCGAAGAACACAGAAGAGGCAGCUGCGGAUGAAACAGCUGGCGGUGAAGAUGAGAUGAGAAACAAGCCAAUGCGCGCUAUUGGAAACAUCGGUGGCUAUAGUACAGUCUUUUUACCCGGCGGCUCCCCAGCAUUCAUUCUUAAAAGCGCCAAAAGCAUACCAAAAGUCAUUAGCCUGCAGGGGGUUGGUGUGAGAGGUCUAAGCAGCUUUCACACAAGCGGCUGUGAUAGAGGGUUUAUCUAUGCAGAUAAUAAGGGCAUCACUCGUGUUGCCCAACUGCCAGACAAUACCAAUCUUACUGAGUUGGGCGUGGCGGUGCAAAAGGUCUCCUUGAACGAAGAGAUACAUGCACUCGCCUAUCACCCCUUGAUGUCAUGCUAUGUGGUUGGCACUAGCACUCGCACGGAAUUUGAGCUUCCAAAAGAUGACGAUCAUCGUCGAGAAAUGAAGAAUGAGGAUGUUCCAUUCAAGCCAACUAUGGAACAAGGCUUCCUCAAAUUAAUCAAUCCAAUCAAUUGGUCAGUCAUUGAUACGAUUGAGAUGGACCCUUGCGAGAUCAUCAUGUGCGUCAAGAGCCUUAAUCUCGAGAUAUCUGAAAACACCAAUGAACGUAAGCAGUUGAUCACUGUAGGCACUGCCAUCUCAAAGGGAGAGGAUCUUGCUAUCAAGGGACGGCUAUACGUCUACGAUGUUGUCAGUGUAGUCCCGCAACCCGGUCGACCAGAGACCAACAAGAGGUUGAAGCUCAUAGCAAGGGAGGAUAUUCCAAGAGGAGCCAUCACGGGCGUCUCAGAAAUCGGGACCCAAGGAUUUAUGCUUGUUGCGCAGGGUCAAAAGUGUAUGGUCAGAGGUCUUAAGGAAGAUGGAACUCUUCUGCCAGUUGCGUUCAUGGACAUGAAUUGCUUCGUUACUGCUGUUAAAGAACUCCCUGGCACUGGUUUGUGCGUUCUUUCUGAUGCCAUCAAGGGAGUAUGGUUUGUGGGGUACACAGAAGAGCCUUACAAAAUGCUGCUCUUUGGUAAAUCAUCAACUAAAAUGGAAGUCAUGACCGCAGAUUUACUCCCAGACGGCAACGAGUUGUACAUCAUAGCGGCGGACGCAGAUUGUAAUCUGCAUGUAAUGCAAUUCGACCCCGAGCAUCCUAAAUCCCUACAAGGCCACCUCCUCCUCCACCGAACCACAUUCUCACUAGGCGGCCACCUUGCCACGGGAAUGACACUUCUUCCACGAACAACAUCGACCUCUAUCCUCCUCGACACCGAAGAAAAUGCAGACACCGCAGCAGAAGCCACCAUACCCGCUCACCAACUCCUAAUCACCACUACCACAGGUUCCAUAUCUCUCCUCUCUCCUCUUAGCGAGAGUCAAUACCGCCGUCUCAGCACCCUAACCACACAUUUGACGAACGUCCUUUGGCACGCCUGCGGUCUCAAUCCCAGAGCUCACAGAAUAGAUCGCAACGCGCCAGAGAGUAUGGUCGGUGGCCGAGCCGUAGUCGACGGUACGAUCCUGGGACGAUGGAUGGAAUUGGGGAGUCAACGACGAGCAGAGGUUGCUGGAAGGGUUGGUGUGGACGUUGAGGAGGUGAGGGACGAUCUCGCUUCGUUGGUUGGUGGACUGGGAUAUCUGUAG